AUGAAUGGAUAACAAUUCCGAAAUUCGGAGGGUGGGAACGUAACCCUCCAGGAUCUACCAACUAUUCCAUGGAGUUCUCACAAGCUCGAGCCAACAGGAAGAAACGAAAGGCUGAUGUUUGGCGUAGUCUUGGAAACGAACUCGAUUUAACUGCGGAUUCAUUACGACAAGACACCCAAGAUUCUGUCUUUGCCAACGGGAAGCAACAAAAGACGAAAAGCCUGGGAAACGAGCAGGAUUUCAUCGCUGCUUCAUUACCUCCUCGUCAUCCUCGACAACGAGACCAUGAAGAUUUUGUCACCGUCAAUGAUAAGGUACAAAAGACACAAAGCCUAGGAAACGAGCAAGAUUUCAUCGCUGCUUCAAUACUUCCUCAACUGCCUCAACGACAAGACCACAAUGAUUUUGUCACGUUGAAGUCGGAAUUGCAAGGUCGAGCCAACAGGAAGCAACAGAAGAAAGAUGUUAGUCGUAGCCUAGGAAACGAGAAGGAUUUCAUCACUGCAUCGUCACCUCGUCGGCAAGACAACAAUGAUCCCGGGAUGAACAAGAAGUGGAUGUCGGUUCCUGAAUUUGGUGGCUGGGACAAACAACCUCCUGGUGCUACAAACUACUCCAUGGUUUUCUCACAAGCUCGAGCCAACAGGAAGCAACAAAAAUCUGAUGUUUUCCGUAAUCUUGGAAACCACCGCGAUUUUACAGCCGAUUCAUCACCUCAACCGCCGCAGCCUCACCAACAAGCCGACAAUAACGACCAAGAUUCUGCAGUCACCAACUAUGCGUGGAUGCUCGUCCCCGAAUUCAGAGGGUGUGAUCGGAAAUCCACCGGAUCGAUGGACUACUCGACGGUGUUCUCGAAAGCUCGAGCCAACCGGAAACGACAAAUGAGUGGUGAUUGGCGUAGCUUAGGAAACGACGACGAUUUCAUCACUGUUUCAUUACCACAUGAACAACCACCUUACCAAAAAAAACAUAAGAAGAGAAACAAGAUAUUUGCUUUCCUUCUUUGCUGCUUUUGGCAAUGAAAUUCUCCGAAUUUCAGACAUUGAUUUGGCACGACAAGACAACUAAAAUCCUGGGAUUGCUAAAUUAAUUGGCCUUCAUCUGUU